AUGGCCGACUCCAGCGACUCCCAGCCCGUUUCCCGCUCGACCAAGCUCGUCAGCGAGGCUCUGCUCAACGAAAAGUGGGACCGUGCCAUUUCUUCUAUGAUCAUUCGCUCUUCCCUCGGCCUCUCAUUCGGUGUUGUUUUCUCAGUGCUCCUUUUCAAGCGACGGGCUUGGCCCGCUUGGGUUGGUCUUGGAUUCGGUGCCGGACGUGCUUGGGAAGAGGCUGACGCUUCGUUCCGCCGGGGAGACUCUCCCGUGCGAGACGCUCUGCGUAGGUAG